UCCCAGGGAAGAAAUGUGGCUCCAUCAUCCUGUCUGCAGAGGAGCUGAGCAAUUGUCGAGACAGCGCCACUAUGCAGUUCUGUGCUAACAAGCUGGACAAGAAGGACUUCUUUGGCAAGUCGGACCCUUUCAUGGUGUUCUACAGAAGCAACGAGGAUGGAACGUUUACAAUCUGCCAUAAGACAGAGGUGGUGAAGAACACAUUAAAUCCAGUGUGGCAGCCUUUCACGAUCCCGGUACGAGCCCUCUGCAAUGGAGACUAUGACAGAACAAUCAAGGUGGAGGUGUAUGACUGGGAUCGGGAUGGCAGCCAUGACUUCAUCGGGGAUUAUACGACCAGCUACCGAGAGCUAGCUCGAGGGCAGAGCCAGUUCAAUGUUUACGAGGUGAGUAUUCCACUGAUGCCCCCGUUCAAAAUGAAGCUUUAUUUACAUUGUUCCACUGCAACUUUGUUACACUGUUUAAUUAAUACUGAGGUUAGCAGGGUCAGGCUGUGGACGCAGAUCAAUUUCACUGUGGCCAUCGAUUUCACAGCAUCUAAUGGUAACCCCUCUCAGUCUACAUCGCUGCAUUACAUGAACCCAUAUCAGCUGAAUGCCUACGCCAUGGCCCUGAAGGCUGUCGGUGAGAUCAUUCAGGACUACGACAGCGACAAGAUGUUCCCCGCGCUGGGAUUUGGAGCCAAGCUGCCCCCUGAUGGACGGGUGUCACACGAGUUUCCCCUGAACGGAAACAUGGAAAAUCCAUACUGCAAUGGUAUUGAAGGCAUCUUAGAGGCAUACCACCAGAGUUUAAAGACAGUGCAGCUCUACGGGCCAACUAACUUUGCUCCUGUGGUGAACCAUGUGGCCAGGUAUGCGGCAGCAGUGCAGGACGGCUCUCAGUACUUUGUACUCCUCAUCAUCACAGACGGUGUCAUUUCCGACAUGGCCCAGACCAAAGAGGCCAUUGUGAAUGGUGCCAAGCUUCCCAUGUCCAUCAUCAUAGUUGGAGUGGGUCAAGCUGAGUUUGAUGCUAUGGUGGAGCUGGAUGGUGAUGACAUCAGGAUCUCGUCCCGAGGGAAACUGGCAGAAAGAGACAUUGUUCAGUUUGUUCCCUUCAGAGAUUAUAUGGACCGGACAGGUAACCACGUGUUAAGCAUGGCGCGGCUCGCCAAAGACGUGCUAGCAGAGAUCCCCGACCAGUUCAUCUCCUACAUGAAGAGCAGAGGGAUCAAACCCAAUCCGGCGCCCCCCCCAUACACACCGCCCGGGCACACACACCACCACACACAGAUAUAAAACACCGCCCCCUGGCUUCUCCCUAAGGACUGACAGCAUGCAGCAGCCACUCAGAGUCCAGUGGAAACUCUCUACCUACUGUUUUUUGCAAACAGGAGUCACCACUCCAGGAAAUGGGUGUUGAGUUGUGUGCCGUAUCCUCAGAGUAAUUGAGCAGCAUUUCAAAUGUUUUUUUUCUGUGAUAUUUGUAUUUGGCUGGUUUCUCUUGAGGAGAGGCUGCAGUCUUUACAGGACUCGUUGGUCAGAUACUUUUAUUCCACAACGAGGCAGUGACUGUUUCAUGUCUAAUUUGACAGCAGGUUGGUUCAAAAAGGUCAUGUUGUGGUUAAAACUCGUGCCUGUCUGUGGUUGUUUCUCUAAGUAUAUCAGGACAUGUGAACUUUGACCUCAGCCUUGCUCGUCAGUUGGUUGUGUGCCUAAUACAGUGACAUUUUUAGGCACCUUUUCUCCCUCCUGUAAUUAGUUUUAUAUUUGGGGAAUUAUCUCAGAGUCUGCUAAUGCCUCGGUAAUAAUGGAGGAAAAACAACAGGUGUGUAGUUUACAGCGUAUUACGUUAAUCAGGCUUUUCAUACCACAAUGUAUCUCCUCCUCUCUUCUUUAUUAAGUAAUUGUUUAUAAGAGCAUGUUGUAUGAGAAUUUUAUUCCCCAUAUCCAGUAUAUUUAUUCUCGAAUGUUAUUCUGAGUGGCAUGGACAUUUCAUAGAUCUCUUUUGAAUACCAUAAACUUUAUCAAUUUUGAAGUGGUCAGCAACGAUCUUGAAGUGAUUGCAUAUAAAAAGCACAAACUGUCUCACUAAGAAUUAUGAUGAUGCCAUACCAGGUUUAUCACAUCUAAUCACUCUGAGUGCGGAUCGUCUCGGAGCAAAGGACCCAAUUGAUUAAUGCAAGCCAUAUAUCUUUGUACUGCAGCUGCAUUUCAAAAUAUAAUCUGAAACAGGCAUGUUUAGGGUCUUCGUCCUGUAUGGACAUUCAGACCAGGGAGGAUGCACAAGAAGAGUGUUAUGUAAUGCAUCAUAGACAAUUUAAAGCUUUUAAACCUCUUAGAUUUUUAUGUUAUUCAUUUUGUAAUGUAUUGUAAUUACAAAACGUAUUAGCACCCAAGCAAAAUGCAGAUCAUAUAAAGGGGAGAUAAGAAAAAGUUGCAGAAUAUGACACAACAUUAAGUUAGUAUUUACCAAUGCUGGAUUAUCAGCUAAGAAAAGUAUCCCAGAAACCAAGUGAUUCACUCUGGGCAUUAACUUACCUUGUUAUUUGAUAAGUGGCCAUUGAUUGGGAAUAAACAUCACAAUAGCACAAUAUAUACAGAUAUAAUAACUGCCUUAAGUGAUAGUUAUAACCUAAUCUUCAUGACCUGCAGUCUGUAGUGGGGCAUUAUGUCAAAAUCUAGUUUUCUUACCUUUAUUUUUUCAGUAGAUAUUAAACAUCUCAGUUAAGACAAAAAACCAGGUCGAUACUACUUUUUUCAAACGAAAACGAUCUCUGUCCACGUGAACGUUAUGGCUCCUUUUCGGUUUUAAACCUGAAAACGCAUGUCACGUGACCACUACAGUUGGACCCAGGAUUUACCAACAUGAGCCUUUUGGUCAUGUGAUAGGAGCCUGACCGAUCAGCAAAGGCUACGAAGUGACUGAAAAGAACCAAUCAGCAAGCGGCUGUCAGUGUCUCAGUGUUUCCGAACAUCUGUGCUUCUGCCUGUCCAGAUGAAAAUGCAGCCCAGGAGUUUUCAAACUAAACGUAGCAGAGUUGAUGCAUUUUCAAAUGAAAACAAAGUAUUGAUGUAGCCACAGAGCAACUGGAACAGGAUGGUAUUACAAUGUAGAGACACUGGAUGGUUUUAGGCGGUUGUUGGUAAUUGAAAGAGCCCUCAGUAAAUCUUUGCUCCAUGACUUAAAGCACAGUGUGUAGAAUUGUGUGAUAUCUAGUGUUGAAGUUGCAUGUUGCAGCUGAACACCCCUCACCUCACCCUCCCCUUCCAAACAUGAAAAAGAACCUGUGGUAGCUUCAGUUGUCAUAAA